ACUGGACAGCGCUCAGACGCAGCUGCUACAUUUAGCUCGUUAUGACAUCGGUUAUUAUCAAACCUGCUCUCCUCCGCUGUUUGUUGCGGACACCGAGGAUCAUAAACGAAUAUCGGAAACAUACACCUCUGAUAUUAGACCGAAGUUAUGCCACUGGAGAAGAAAGGUCACCAAAAAUAUACACCAAAACUGGAGAUAAAGGUUUCUCCAGCACAUUCACAGGAGAAAGGAGGCCAAAGGAAGAUCACAUUUUUGAAGCUUUGGGGAAUACAGAUGAGUUGUCAUCAAUAAUAGGAUUGGCUCGAGAAUUUUGCCUCGACAAAGGUCACAUGUUCACAGGUCAGCUGGACAAGAUCCAGUGCGUUCUUCAAGAUGUUGGCUCCAAUAUUGCUACUCCUCGAUCAUCUGCAAGGGAAAGCCAUAGACAAAGAACAAAAUUCACUCCUCAGGCAAUCACUGACCUGGAAACGUGGAUUGAUAAUUUUACGGAGGAACUCCCACCACUAAAUAACUUCAUUUUACCUUCUGGUGGAAAAAGCAGCGCAGCUUUGCACCUAGCACGGACAGUCUGUCGGAGAGCAGAACGUAGUGUUGCUCCAAUUGUGCGUUCAGGGGAGGCGGAUCCAGAUGUUGCCAAGUUCCUCAACAGGUUGAGUGAUUACCUCUUUACAGUUGCCAGAUAUGCAGCCAUGAAGGAAGCCAAAGAGGAAAAGAUCUACAGGAGACCUGAAUGAACACAUCUAUUAAUCAAAAGCUGUAUUUCUACAUUGAUGGCUUCAGAUACUUCUGUUGUGUUGACAUUUUUACAUUCAAGAGUGUUUUUAGUACAGACUAAAUAAAUCACUUAAACAGUGCAUG